GUGAUUCACUCUUGCGUCCAUUCUGGGUCACCGUGCCUUCUCUCACGAGCGAGCGGCUUCAAGAAGACCUCCUGCUGCAAGCGGCGGAACACGGCGUUCUCUGCUGCAAGAAGUUGGGACGAGCCACCGCAGCGAGAAAGCAAAGCCAGUCAUGCGCAGGGUGCGGCCCUCCAGAAGCUUGGCGUCGCUGAGGCUGCCAUCCCUGUUCCGGCCUUCGACAGACCUGGGCUCGGUCAGCGCGACCGACACCCAUAUGCAGAACAUGGUCGUGUUCGGCUUCGGUCGCUUCCAGAGGUUCGUGCUGCUGUGCGCACAGAUCACCACGUUCGUGGCCUACUCGCAGAGCAUCGCCGUAGCCAACGACCUGGAGCCCGUGGACCACUGGUGCCGCCAGGGCAGCGAGUACGCCAACGUGAGCGCCGACGCCUGGAAGGAGCUGUACCUGCCCCGCAGACCGGACGGCCGAGGAUACGACAAGUGCCACCGCUACGAGACGCCACUUGCGGCACCGGUAUCUGCUGCCACGGAGGAUCCCGCAGCGGUAAACUCGACGCGGCUGGUGGUCGCCUGCGACGCGCGGGACUACGACACGGACAGCACGGGAUUUACCGUGCUGGUCUACUGGGACAUGGUGUGCGACCGCGCCUGGUACCGGUACUUGUACCAGGUGACGUUCAUGUGCGGCGGCGCGCUGUCUGUCCCAUUCGCGGGCCUGGCGUCCAACCGCUGGGGCCGCCGGCCUGUCAUGUGGGUCUCGGUGUGCGCCCUCCUGUGCGCAAGCAGCGCCACCUGUCUGGCGCCCACGCUGAUCGUGUUCAUGGCGCUGCGAUUCGUUGCCUCGGCGGCCGUCAGCGUGCUGGAGGUGGUGUCCUUCGUGCUGCUCUUCGAGUCGACUCCCACGGGUCCCCGAGAGCCCUUCUGCGCGCUCGCCAUCUGCUGGCCCACGGUCCUGGCGCCCGUGUUCGUGGUGACGGUCGCGUACAUGGCGUUCAACUGGCGCGUGAGCCACGCGGGUCUCACGCUUCCCGCGCUGUUCCUGCUCUGGACGGUGUACGUGACCGAGGAGUCUCCGCACUGGCUCAUCGUCAGCCACCGCUUUCGCGAGGCCCGCCGAGUGGCCCUGUGGGCCGCCCUGCUGAACGACGAAGACCCCGACAUCGUGAUCGAGCGACUCGAGAAGGUCAAGGAGACGCUGGCGUCCUCCCCGACAGAUGGAAGCUUGGGGGAAGCGGAUGGGGUGGCGGCUGCCGACGCCGUACGGGAAGCGGAACACGCCGCCGGCAUGCGCAGUACGGCACGGCGAACGCAUUUGAGCUACUUCCGGUCGCGGGCCAUGCUGGCCCACUGCUUCGUCGUGUUCGGCUGCUGGUUCAUGGUGAACGUGAACUACUACUUCCGCAGCCUGGACAUGCCGCACCUGAACCUUAUUAAGUGGGUCGUAAUCGCGUGCAACGUGCCAGCCAUGACGAUCGCCUACUUCAUCAUCAGGCACCACGGCCGCCUGACGCCUCUGGUCUUCUUACUGGUGGCCGUGUCGGUCCUGCUGCUCUUCAACACCGUGAUCCGGUUCCUAGGUUUUAACUUCCCGUCACAACUGGCUCUCAUGUGGCGUAUGCUGCUCCUCAACAUCGCCUAUGUCCUGCUCUGCAUACACACCGUGUCGCUGUUCCCGACGCAGGUUCGCAGCGUGGCCUUCUCGUGGGCGUACACCUUCGGCAGGCUGGGCGCCAUGACGGCCGAGGCGUUCCGGGUCGCCGAGUCGGUGCUGCGCUACGACAUGGGCGCGCUGCCCAUCGGCGUGGCGGCCCUGAACCUGCUCGUCUUCUCCCUUCUGCUUCUCACGCUGUCCGACAGGACGCUGCUCGACAUCGUGACGCGCGUGGACACGAUCAACGCCGCCGCAGCGCCGCCGCCGGUGAAGAAGCGCAGGAUCUCGCCGGACUCCUUGUUCCCGAAGCAGUAGAGGGCCUUUGCGUCCCGGACCAACUUUGACGCGCCAGACGCGACAUAGGCAAAACAUUUCGCUUGCGUGGUCAGUAGCCAAUGACUGAGUGACUUUGUCUCCAACUUGACUCCUUCCAUUUGCAUUUACGCGCUUAAAGAAAGUUUAUAUUGCUGUAUAUGUCAACCCUGGAAACUUUUUUUUAUUCUUCGUGAUUUUUGAGUGAAAAUGUGUAAACUAAACGUAUGGCAACCUUAGCCGAGACACUGCCGCCGAGAGUCAACGUUAAUUGCCUAAGUCAUCCUGUGCUGAUCCUCGUCGGCAUCUCGGAUGAUAUUCAGAGGGACUGCUUUCGUCGCGUUGCUUUAUGCUGUGGCUGGUUCAAUUUGCACGCUAUACAUGAGAGGUCAGGUAAUAACCGAACCACUUUGUUUGAACUUGACUACUUUUCGCUGCCAUUGCCGAACAGUUUGUCGCUGUAUGUAGGGGUAACACUGGAUACGCUUUUUUUUUUCGUUCCCUCGUGGUUUCUGCCCGAACAUUGCUGAACGAAAUCUGUAUUUACCUGCGACAUUACCUUAAUUGGGGAUGGUGGUGUUAGAGCGCGCUUUCGUCUCGUUAAUUUAUGGUGUGGCUUGUUGCGCCGCGCACGGACAUAGCAGCGAUCUUCAUACUGCAAUCGCUGCCUUUGAAGAAGUGCAGUUUUGUUUUAGCCACUCUCCUAUUUGAAAUGAUUAUGAACGAAGCUGGCAGUCUUCUCGCUGGGAGAGAACUAACAAGCACGUUAGCUUGCUGAAGAGAUUUCUGUACCAUCUACAGUGUAUAACAUUUUUAGUGUCGACA